GAUCGAGAAAUUAAAAAAUAAGUUAUGAGUAUGGAAAGUACACAAGAUAAUGAGGAAGUGAUUAAUUAUGACAAGUCAAAAGACUAUUGGAGCAAUGUUGAGCCAACGAAUUGUGGUAUGCUUGGUAAUUUGCUGCAGAUCUCGAUUCCUGACGUUCAAGGAUCUCUAAACUUUCUCAAACAAGUCUUUAAACUGAAACCAACGCCUAUGAAAAAUCGAUGUCUGGAUUGUGGAGCUGGAAUUGGACGAGUUUCAAAAAAUGUGCUAAUGCAAGAAUUUACAACAGUUGAUCUAGUUGAGCAAGAUGCAAAGUUCUGUGAGAAAGCGAAGGAAAGCUUAAUUAACUCGGGACAUUUAGGAAACAUUUAUAAUGUUGGAUUACAGGACUUUAAAGAGUCUAGCGACACUUAUGACGUAAUUUGGAUCCAAUGGGUUUUGCUAUAUCUCCCAGACGAAGCUUUAAUCGAUUUUUUCACAAGAAUAUCCACAAUGCUCAAUAAAAAUGGCUUAAUUAUAGUUAAAGAGAACUUUACAAAAGGAAAUGAAGUCAUUUUUGACAAAGAAGACUCGUCCGUGACUCGACCAAUGGCAAAUUUUAAGGCAUUACUCAAAAAAUCAAACUUAAGAAUCAUUAAGGAACAGAAACAAACAAAUUUCCCAAAAGAACUUUUUCCUGUAUACAUGUUGGCAAUAAGACCAAUCAAAUAA